AUGGCGCUCCCACUUUACAUCCCGCUUUGUAUUCACACUCCCACAAGCCGGCAUCACUUCCCGCCCUCUGAUCAGCCCCUCAGAAUCCAGAUCGAAGGUCCUCUGAUCGCCAUACAGAGGCUCCUGCCUCACAUCCCGUGGCAUUUGAAUCUUCGAGACCGAAAGUUUCCACAGCCAGCAAGCCCGGAGCUAGCACGAUUAACGUAUCAAACCAUAUACGGACGGGAUAUCUCUCUGGAAAUUCCUGAUGAUCUAGGGGUGCAGGAUGUGUACUUGGGCUGGAUGCCAGAGAAGCGUCCGGAUGAGCUGAUAGACUAUUAUGGUGUAACAUUCGACUAUCUUGUCCCAGCUAAUGAUACCAAUCCUGAGGUGUUGCAGAUUAACAUCAUUGAGGUUGAGGAUGAUAAUGGUGCUUAUCCAAAUACAUGGCUUUUAUUUGCAGUAAAUCCGGCUGAAUUUAUUGGGAAGAAGGUACUAGCAGUGCCGAGAUGUUGUCAAAAGAGAAAGGGAACACAGGAUCGAUGGCGAGUGAAUGCCCUUGUGGAUCAGAGGGUUCAUGGGUGGGAACAAUUGAAGGGAGCUAAAGAAUGGGAAAAAAUGUAUCCUAAAGGGUAG